AUGGGACCCAGAACUUAUUUGACCACUGACUUGAGGCACCUAGGCAAGCCACGCCCGCUGGAGGCUGGUGAGACCUAUGUUGUCCGGUUCAAAAACUCCCUCCGUCAGUACAAAGCUGAUGUUUGGAUUGGCGUCGUGCUGCCGGAGAAAUUCGGACCAAACAGACAUGUCAAUCGCCGCCCUGUUGGUGCCCAGCCAGUUGAGGGUGUCUGGAUGACGCACCUUAAAGACCGGGUUUACUCAAUCUAUCUUCCGGGACGGAAUAUGUACAGAUGGGUCGGGCUGCAGGACCUCUUUGUUCUAAAUGAGAAAACCGUCAAUGUCCUCAGGCGUGCGCAGAGAGAACCAGAUGCUAAGAUCUGGGAUGAUCUGGUGGAAAUCAUUCGAACUGAGCCCGGACUAGAAUUCUGGAAGAACAUGGCUCUCCAGGAGCAAGGUGCUAAGGGCAAACGAGGCAAGGAACUGCGCCUCAUCUUACCGAGUGGCCACAAAGGCCUUGUCUCCUGUGGAGAAAGCGAUGAGGAAUCUGAGUCCGAAGAGGAACAUAAAGAAGCUAUAUUAGAUCACGCCGAGCCUGUUACUGAUGUUGCACCCAACGCAUCUAAUGGGCAAUCAACCAUGAGAUCAUUUUCUGACUCGCGCGCUGCACAGGGCAUUCAGUUCAGGCAGGCAUUGGGGGUUUUCCCAGAUCCUACCCCCGCUACAAUUGCAUCUGAUUCCAUCCCCUUUGCAGACAGAGAGAACUCUACCUUAGGGAUGACGAAGAAAUUCCAGCCUUUCAUCCCUCUGAUACCUCAUCCCCCUUCUUCUCGCCCAACAUCAUCACCAUUCAUUACGCCGGCGACCACCAUGACUCUGAACGUGAUGCCCAAGGUUGAAAAUGAUACUAGUGAUACUGCUAGUGCUGUUGCCGAUGUGGCAUCCGAGAAACCCGCUCCAGAGGUCUCGAUCUUCGACCUGACCCUCAAUCAGGCUCUGAAGCACGUCUUCCUGAACCAGCAUGCAGCCGCCAAGAUCAUCGAUGUUUUCAUAGGUGCCGUGGCUCUUGAGAGACAGCCCGAACAGCUGCAGAUUUGCGAGUACCUGGCCAAUGGAGAAUUCACUCCUCGCCUGAUUACACUCAAGAACUCUGGCUUCUCCCACCCCACUCCAUUCCCAGCCUUUGAUUCCAACGGCGCCACUAUCUACCGCCUGGUUGGUGACCAAAUGGGCAUUGGUCAGAACUUCAAGUUGAACGGUGUGGGCAACAGCUUCGAUCUGGAAAACGCCAUCAUCGUCCUUGGAAGAGUGUACCUCCAAGCCCGUCGUUUUGGCCUGAUGGAUUUGGUUUACCGAAUUGCAUUCAAGCUCCAAGUCGCUUGGAACUGUUACCCGGAGCUCUACCAAUGCAAGCCCCUGCUUGAGGUCGCUUCUCUUGCUUUCACCGGUAACACCGAGUUCGAGGAGCCCAAUUGCGAUUACCUCCAGUCGUGGUUGAUUCAUUUCAUUGCCGAGGCCUCCGAUUUGCUCACCUACAAUGCUAGCGAGCAGUUCUGGUCGUUGUUGCGUGCCCAUCCAAAGCUCCAGGACAAGGUUCUCCACCUGCGCACGCUGGCUCACGUCAAUAACCCGGAGUUGUAUGGAAAUACCCGUGCGCUCCUCGACAGUCGCGGUCUUGGAAACCUGUGA